AUGUCUGAGUACUCUGAUAGCGUUUCAGGCUCAAGCCACUCGCCCAAGUCUGUGACGGCUGCGUACCCUAUGUGUUCUGCGCUGGCAGCGCCAUGCUACGCUAACCCAAACUUGGCUAUCCCGAGCAACGGUGGGGCGGAAAUGCGCGCUUUACCGUCGCCGCCAUUUCCGCGCCAGAAAAGGCCUUCUGUGGAAUAUGCAUCGAUGCACGAAAUUCAAGGAAUUUGCGCAGCCCCGCGGCUCCCCUCAAACCAAGGCGCCCUGGGCUCCCAAGGCUCCGCAGGCCCGCGAACGACAUUUUCCACCGCGACUGCCGCCGCGAGCGAUCGGCGCACGCAGCUGUGCGUGCGAAACUUGCCGUACAGUGUGCGCUGGCAAGAUGUAAAGGAUUUGUUCCGGCGCGCGGGUACAGUCCUUCGCGCCGAUGUGCGCCUUGUGGACAACCGCAGCUGCGGCACAGGCACCGUGCUUUUUGCCACGGAAGCAGAUGCGCUGCGUGCGCGCGAUACCUUGCACGGCUACAAUUGGCAAGGACGCGUCUUGGAUGUACAGCUGGAGCGCGAUAUGAUGCCCAUGCCCGCCGAGUCGGACGAGAAACGCGUGGCGCACAUGCAGUCCCUGCCCGGCCUUGAGACGCUUCCCCUUCCGCCAACCCGCGUGCGAAGAUCGAGUCUGCAUGUCCAGCCGCUGCGCACAGAUGAAUGGAAUGCGCCAGGCAAUGCAGCGCAACCGGGCGGCGCACCCAUGCCGUUUCCCGGCCGCGUCCUGUUCAUUGGCAAUUUGCCGUUCCACUGCCAGUGGCAAGACUUGAAGGAUUUGUUUCGCGCCGCUGGAAAUAUUCAACGCGCUGAUGUUGCACUCAACGCCGAUGGCCGCAGCCGUGGUUUUGGCACCGUUCUAUUUGCCUCGCCGGAGGAUGCACAAAACGCUGUACGACUCUACCACGGCUACGAGUACAAUGGACGGAUCCUCAAGGUCCACUUUGAUAGGCUCGCGAAUUUUGCAGCGACCCCGGGCGUUGUUCCGACCGAUCCUUCGCAGUACACUGCGGCAUUUUCCACCAGUGUGCACGCGCAAGGGCCCCCAGAGCGCAAUCAUUCAGUGCCGGCGAUGGGUCAUCUCAAUUCAGGGUCGGUAUGGGGCGCGCCUUUUCCCAUGGACCGCGACGCAGCAACGCAGUCUUUUGCGCCGGGUCGUAUUAGUCUCCCGCAGCUCUCGUUUCCCGGACAGGGCGCCUUCGGCGCGUCUCUCACGCCGGGCAUGCCGGGUUUCACAAUGCGCACCGUGUUCGACACGCCGCCGCUAUACCCUCAAGCCAUGAGCCCCGGACACAGUCCGUUUAUCCCGGACACUUCAGUUCCGCCAGAUUAUCCAUCAUUUAUGAACCCUGCACCGGGUGCGCCGCUGGGGUACAUGCCGCCGCUUUCUUUUGGCGCGCAGGACUUGGCGGGUUUUGCGCACUCGUCAGCUCUUCCCUCUACGCCGCAUUGGUCGCAGCCCAUGCGGUCGCACGCCGCACAGCACGCCAAAGCCAGCGAUGAGCCACUGCAUGCGACACCGCGCCCGCCCAACCAGGGCACUGGGGACGAACACGGCACUGGCGAAUAUCCUUUUCCUGUCGUUGGCAACGCUGCGUCAAGAGGCGCUUCGCCCACUCCGCACGACGGGGGCGAAGCGGUGCGUCCGGCAGGUGCCCAGCAGAAUACAAAAGAGCUCAUGGAUGCCAUUGCCAAGCUUAGUGUAUCGGGCACUGCGCGCGCAAAGCAGUCGAGCCGUGGGGCGUCUGAUUCGCGCACUGCCGCCGAACAGGCACUCUGCCGCCUGCGUGAGAAUCUGUCGAGUAUGGAUGGAAAAAAAGAUGCUACGGAAGAUUAG